AUGUCAGGACGUAUUAUUGGAAAUGAGAAAAUAAAUGCUAAGCUUCAUGAUGGAGUGUGUCAGCACUGCAAAGGUAUCUUGGAGUGGCGGGUGAAAUUCAGCAAGUACAAACUACUAUCAAAACCUAAAAAAUGUGUGAAGUGCCUCCAGAAGACUGUAAAAGAUCCUUAUCAUAUUAUUUGUCGACCAUGUGCUGGUAAACUAGAAGUCUGUGCUAAAUGUGGAAAAGAAGAAGAAAUAGUAAUUCCGAUUGAUAAAGGACAAGACAGAACUGAGAGUGUGAGUGCUAAAAAUGGCCAAGGGAGCAGUGGAUUGGAGGAUGAGCUGGAUUUUGAUACAAACUUCAGUAGUACAGACAGUGACGACGAUUCUGAUGUGCUUGAAGAACGAUUUAAAAGUAUGAGGAUUGAAAGGACAGAGAUCUAAAAGGUUGCAUUUAUAUGACAGACUAUAUGCAAUCAAAAGUGGUAAACUAAUGUUUGCCUUAAACUGCUCUGAAGACCUGAUUUGACAUCUAAGGUCCUUGCAUAUAAAUGUUGGCACUGUGAAUUAUGACACUUGUUGGGGGGUUUGUUUAAAUAAAUAUUUUUUUGUAUUAAGAGCAGAAUUUCUUGUGAUAAGAUUCAAAAAUGGAGUUUUUAAGCAUAGUUAUAGUAUUACGUGUAACAACUUCCUGUUUCUCUGGAAUAAAGCCUCUUUGUGUAAUUAUUCAAAAUUCAGUAUUACGCAACUGUUGUAUUGCCACUUGGAAGGCUACGUGAAUGUCUAGAAUAAAUACAGAGUCUUGUCAUAAAAAGGAAGAGCUAAACCAGCUGUAAUAGUUUGCUGAAGGAAUACUUGCGGCCUCUGUCAAUGAGUUUCCAAACAGGGUCAAAAUACCAAGUGGUCAUUACCCUUACGCCUGUUGUUUCUUUUCUGUGCAAAAAAAAGAGGGCCUAAAUGCCAUCACCAGUACAGUUCAUGACCAGUUAGUACUUAUUUACCAUAUGUAAGUAUGCAUUCCAAAUUUGUGACCUUGUUACUACCAAUGUUUUGAAAAGAAAAAAAACUGAAGACUUUUCAGAAUUUCUCAUAACGGGUCUCACACUUUCUUUUCCUUUGACUGCAGAUCUAGUGUGGUUUGCUCUGAUAUGAAAACACUGGUGUAAUGUAGUGUUACUUGUAUAGUUACUCUUCCUGAUUUUCAGUUCUUUCUAGGGGUUACUUCAAUGCAGAUGAAGCUCUAGGAAGAACUGAAUUUGCAGUUACUAUCUUUUAUGGGAUUCAGGAAGAUUUGAUUUCUAAUGUAUUGGCUGCUAUCUCUAUAAAUAAAGCUGAAGAAGUAAUUCCUAAUAGUUAAUAAUUAAAUGGUUUAACCUGUGACAAUAUACUACGCCAUUUUUACUAACCGCAUAAUAGUUACACAUCUGCUUUGGUAUUCUGCCUGAUUUGCAGUAGUGGGCACAGGAAAGUUUGAUUCCCAAACUACCUUCUUCAAAUGAAUUGUGAGGGACUUCAGCUCUGGGAUUAUUCCCCUGUCCUCCCGCCCCUCAGUGGGGCAAAUACUGAAACUCUAUCCUUUGGGCAGAGAUAGCCACCCUGUGGCUGUUGUAGUUGACCAUAACUUUAAAGCAAAUCUAAUUACCAAGAUGUGGAGUUUGAAGACAUUCAGCAGUCAAUAGCUAGAAACUUCUGAUUUAAAGGACAACUUUAGUAUUCAGUAUUGACAAUAACAGGCAGCAGCAAAAUUCUUCUCAUCAGCCAUGGAACAGUGAGCUCUUACUUUUUUUUCUUAACUGUGCUUGUCACUACACAGGAAGGCCUUAAAAAUGAGCUUUUUCUCUUGUUACGUUCUAGUUAUUUAGAUUAGCCUUUCACUUUUGUAUUGUACAUUAAAACACCUUUUUAUCUUUUUUAAACUGUUUGUAAGUUUGUAUCUUAACAUCUACAACAGCCUUUUGUAGUGAUCUCUAAGGACUAGUAAUCUGCUUGGUUUCUUUUUUUAUUGUUGUUGUUGUUCCUUUUCUGUGCUGCCCUUCUGUUGGUGAAGAAUUUGAUUCUCUUAGGAUUAUUUUUA